UGGAAAAUUAUUCGUUAUACGGCAAACGAUCAACAUGAAAGUGCUCGUAGUUCUCGCUCUGGCUAUUGCCUCCGUCUCCGCUGGUGUCUUGCCACAGGGUGCCCCCGUGCAUCCCCGUGACUUGCCCGCUGUCCCCUCCAUCCAGGGUCGCAUCACCAACGGAUUGACUGCCUCCGCCGGUCAGUUCCCCUACCAGGUCGGACUUAGCUUCGGCAGCACCAGCGGCAGCUGGUGGUGCGGUGGUUCCAUCAUUGACAACGCCUGGGUUCUGACUGCUGCUCACUGCACCAGCGGUGCCUCCUCUGUGACCAUCUACUACGGUGCCACCGUCCGCACCAGCGCCAAGCUCACCCAGACCGUUGCCAGCUCCAACUUCAUUCAGCACGCCAGCUACAACUCCGUUGUGUUGAGAAACGAUAUCUCCCUGAUCAAGACCCCAUCCGUUGCCUUCACCUCGGACAUCAACAAGGUUGAUUUGCCCGCUAUUGCCAGCAGCUACUCCACCUAUGCCGGUGACAAGGCCAUCGCCUCCGGCUGGGGUAAGACCUCCGACGCUGCCACCAGUGUUGCCAACACUCUGCAGUACGAGACCUUCGAUGUUGUUUCCGUCGCCACCUGCCAGAGCACCUACGGCUCAUUGAUCGCCACCUCCAAGGUCAUCUGCAUUGCCACCCCCAACAAGACCUCCACCUGCAACGGUGACUCUGGUGGCCCAUUGGUUCUGGCUUCCAGCAAGGUGCUCAUCGGUGUCACCUCCUUCGUGUCCAGCGCUGGUUGCGAGUCUGGUGCCCCAGCUGGUUUCACCCGUGUGACCAGCUACUUGGACUGGAUCUUGGAAAACUCUGGCGUUUCCAAGUAAAUGCACUUCCAACGAUAUUCUUCAAUAAACUCCACAAAUAAAUUGCACGAUUUGAAAACAUAAA